AUGAAGUUUGUUAUAUUAGCUUUACUUGCUUUGGCAUCUGGUCUCCAUGCCGAGAAAUUAGACCUCAAGGAAUUGAAGUUUGUCCUUUUUGGAAAGCAUGGUGAAGGUACUAAAGUCACUUUUACUGCUGGUACAUGUCCACUCAAUCUUCCCGCCACUGUAUUCCUUCACAAGACCUUUAAGAAGGGUGAACAUUUCUUCACAUGGGUUAGACCAGUACAUGGUAAGGUUGAUGAGGUAGUAUGUGGAACACAUGCUGUUUGGAAGGCUGCUGUUGGUGAAGUACUUCUUGACUUGCACUUUGUAGGUAAACCUGCUGGUGAUAAGUUUGUCCACCUGGAACUUCUUCACCCAGCUGUAGGUUCUCAUCAUGUAUUCUUCAAAUUCGCCGCUGACGGUAAACUUGCUGGUGUUCUUGGUAUGGCAGCCUUUGUAGUUGGUGUUCAUGGAUUAGUCGCUGAACUUCCUGCUCUUGAAGGGCUUCCUGCACAUCCACUUGUACAUGCAUUGGCCGCUCAUGCUGCACAUCUUGCCCAUCAUGGUUCCCAUGCUGCACUCAGUGACGUUGGUGGUCUUGUCGUUGCCUAA